AUGCAGCAGCAAGUCGCAACAGAAAAGUUGCCCUCCAGAGACAUCGAUACACCAUAUCCCACCACAACCAUGUCGUUCUUGCAACCCGUCAUGCCUUCACUACGCCUUCUGGCAGUCCCACGCUCAGUCGUCGUGCGCCAAUGUCUGCGCUUUUCGACAUCCACAAUUCGAUCAGGUAUGUGUCUUGCUCAUUUCUCGUAUCCCAGACAUGUCACUAACAGUUAUACAGACGUCUACACUCCUCCCUCGGUGGACCCCAACCUCGUCGCCUCGCGCACCGCUUCUCCCUCAUACCCUCCUACUUCGCUCAAGUCCAUCCCGCGGCCCCUCACAUCACACGCCUCACACCGCACCUCGCAACCAACAAAGAUCCGCAACUACCCCGACCGUCAACUCCAAAAGGACAUUCCUGUCUCCGAGGCACCUGCUCUGCCAGAGUCAGAAAUCGCUCCCAACCUCCCCUACUUCGUCACCAGGACACCAUCCAACGAGCUGCCUAUCUAUACCCUGAGGAAACGCGGCGGCAACAUGAAAUUGACCCGCGUCAAGAAGAUUGACGGAAAUAUUGAUGUUCUGCGCGAUGCUCUGCAGAUCGAACUCGGUGUCCCGGAUGCCGAGUGUGUUAUCAACAGACUCACAAACCAUGUCAUGAUCAAGGGCUGGCACAAGCCGCGGAUAGAGGCUUUCCUCAAGGCCCGUAACUUCUAA